UCCUUCUCGGGUCCUCAAUCCGGGUAAGCAAGGUGUCCCUCGCGGUGCCUGCCGACUCACUGCCCAACGCCGGGUCUUCUUUGGCUUGCAGAAAGGGACAAGGGGGAGAUCCUCCACUACUCUGACCCCUCGGCCAUGGCUCCUGAGCGGUUUGCUCGUCCCCACGGUUUCCGGACCUCUCGUUCUCGACAGGCAACCUUUGAGACAGCAGGCAGGGGGCCUCCGCUUCUUUCCGAUGACGUCACUGCCGAUAUUUUCUACACGGCGGGUCUGCUCUGCUGUUCUCUGGGAAGUGAUCUUCCAGGCGUUGCGGACUUCGGUCUCCCGGCGACGUCUACGUGCUCCACGGGAACUCGGCUCCGAGGCCGGACCAAAUGAAGCACCAUCCCUAAUUGCAAAGAUACAACUAAACGUCUUCUAGUAGAAACUCCAAAACCCAUUAGGAUAUGGAUCCCUAGAUGGUAAAUUGGGAAAGGGACAUUAUCCUUUGAUCAAUUCAGCUAAAGAUGUAAUUUCUUAAGCUUCUGGAGCGUACACAAAAGCUAUAUUUAUUUGGAGUAUAGGAGAAACCUUCUAUAACUUAGUUGUGACUCGUAGAAGAAAUGAGUCACACCAGAGAGAAACGACAUCAGUGCUCGGAGUGUGACAUACGCUUUACAUUUAAAUCACAGCUUCUCUUACAUCGAAGGAUUCACACAGGAGAGAAACCAUUUACUUGUUCUGAAUGUAGCAAAUGUUUUACCCGGAAAUUAUGUCUUAUUAGACAUCAGAUGGGUCACACAGGAGAGAACCCAUUUAAAUGCUCUGAAUGCAGCAAGUGUUUUAUCAAAAAGCAUGAUCUUGUUAUACAUCAGAUGAGUCACACAGGAGAAAGACCAUUGAAAUGCUCUGAAUGCAGCAAGUGUUAUACAAGAAAGCAACAACUUGAUGUACAUCAGAGGAGUCACACUGGAGUUAAACCGUUUACAUGCUCUGAAUGUAGCAAGUGUUUUUCCAAGAUGUCACAUCUCAUUAGUCAUCAAAGAAGUCACACAGGAGAGAAACCAUUUACAUGCUCUGAAUGUAGCAAAUGUUUUUCUGAGAAGCAACAACUUGCUGUACAUCAGAGGUGUCACACAGGAGAGAAACCAUUUUCAUGCUCUGAAUGCAGUAAGUGUUUUUGUCAGAAGUACCAGCUUAUUAGACAUCAGAUGAUUCACACAGGAGAGAAACCAUUUACAUGCUCUGAAUGCAGCAAGUGUUUUUCUCAGAAGGCACAGCUUGUUAGUCAUCAGAGGAGUCACACAAGAGAGAAACCAUUUAAAUGUUCUGAAUGCAGGAGGUGUUUUUCGGAGAGGUCAAAUCUUGUUAGACAUCAGAGGAGUCACACAGGAGAGAAGCCUUUUAAAUGUGCUGAGUGCAGCAAGUGUUAUACCCUUAAAGAUAAUCUACAUAGACAUCAGAAGAGUCACACAGGAGAUAAACGAUUAACAUGUUCUGAAUGCAGCAAGUUUUUUGCAAAGAAGAGAGCGCUCAUUACUCACAUGAGGAGUCACUCUGAGGCUUUAAAUUAGUGAUGAGCGGAUUCGGUUUUACUCGGUUUUACUCGGUUUUACUCGGUUCUCAAAACGGCAUCUUAUUGGCUCACGGAUGUCACGUGUUUUGGAUAGCCAAUAAGAUGCCGUUUUGAGAACCGAGUAAAACCGAGUAAAACCGAACCUCGCUCAUCACUACUUUAAAUGUGGCAAUUGUGUCAUAAGUAAACUCAUAUCAUGACAAUUGUCCUGAUUCUGAGUUUUGGAGCACAGCAUGAGAAAGCUGGUAACCUGGACAAACCAUGUUGCAAUACAAGGGGUGCAAAUACAUUUAUUAUUUUCUUUAUCAUCCACUAGGGGUCACUGGAGUACUCUUGGGAUAUGGACGGCUUCCACCGGAAGAAGGCACUGAAUAAAUUAAUUUUUGAGACUACUCCUCCCCUCCAUAUCCUCGAGCACUUCAGUGUUUUUUCUGUGCUCGACACAGUUAGAAGGCAUAGUGGAGCUCGUCCACGAAGUAUUGGAAUUUUUUUUUUUAGUUCCUAAGUUUUUUCUUCUUUUCAAGGAUUUCCACGUCCUUUCCCCCCUUCUAACAGGCGUGGGUCAGGGACAGUGGAAGCGGCUGAGAACAGCCGUGAGUGUCGGACCUCUCUGUAAAGAGCUCCCUCACUCCACCUGCAGGCUGCCUGCAAAAAGCUGGACGGAGCUUGGAUGAGAAGCCCCGUCAUAGACUUUGGUCACGGUCCAGGUAUGUUAGGGGCGGUCAGCUCUUGCUGCCGCUCCACUGUUGGGGAUUGUAUUGGGUACUCACCGCUGCCCGGAGCGCGUGUGCAUGGGCCGCAUCACGGCUCCAUGCGGCGCGCUCUCACUCUCCGCUCCCAGCAUCUUAAAUACCAGACCGCUGCUCCCUGGCGCCGCAGCAGCGCUGCCUGGCUACACAGACACUCCGCAAAAUGUGUGUGGCGGGCGGGAGCGCGUGUGCAUAGGCCGCUCCAGGGCUCUAUGCAGCACGCUCGCUGCUUCCGCUAUCCGCCCGCAGCAGCCGAGGAGUUCCCGCUGCCUGGGCCUACAGGUACAGGCCGCUCACACGGCCCUAUGCAGACUUCCACAGGCCCCGACCCGGUGCUGUACACGGAGGUCGUGGGAGUGGGGGGGGGGAGACAUUGGCAGUAUUUGGCAUGCUUAAUAUGUUAAUGUUCUCCUGUCUGUUCCAGGUUUCCUUUAUUACAUCUCGGCUAAGAGUGGUACUAGGGGAAUUUUGGGGUCAGUUUUCUUAUUGCUGGCAGGCACUGCACUUGCCUGAUAUAUACCAGGAACUUUGGUGUUAUUACUGAGUC